GCAUGCGAGGAGAAACGCUACCAGCGAAGACGAGAAGGGACGCUACGUGCUUCAAAAACCGCACAAUUCCGAAUACGAGUAAAUGCACGCCGCACUCGGACACACGUUCCUUACGCGGCACAAUCGACGACAACGACAGCACAACGACGACGCAACGAUAUAACUACCACGGUGGCGGCAAUAUCGCAAUGUACAUACGAAGCCUCAAUGGCCAAGAACGACGUCUCGGGAUCUUACUACGUCCUCUGUCUCUCUCUUUUUCUCUCCCUCUUCCUCCCUCCUUCCCUCCCCCCGUCGCGCCUCUUUGGCGGCCUCUCUUUGUGCGGGGUAGCCAGCUUACGAUGUCGCGUGGUACGGCGCGAUCUCGCCGUUUGCAUUAUUCCCAAAUCGAUCGAUCGCGAUCGGGACGAUCGCCCAUACUCGCAUCGGUUUGCGCCUCGCGUCGCGAGGCGAUCGUCUCGAAAACAACGAUGAAAAAUGAAAUUUCUCGGGAAAACGAUGAGGAAAUCGUGACAAACAGGGCGGUCACGAAAUUACGAGUGCCGGUGGACAGCGCCGCGCGGGGCACUCGCGAACUAAUGGCACAACCGCAGCCACCAACUCUCGAUGCGAGACGACGAGGACAGGCGAAGAGGGAGCGCGCGCAACAGUAGAGGUUGAAUUAAGAAAGAUGGCGGCAGUUUUAAUGGAGAGACACCAAUGGUUAAAGAGCAACACUAAAGCAACACUAUAGCAACACUAAAAUCGGUACGUUUGUUCAAGGUACAUUUAACUUCAAAGUAAAAUAUAAAUAGUAAAACCUUGAUUUUCACUUCGUUUAAGCGCUUUCAUAUGGCUACUGCUAUGAAUACUGUCGUAUUAUCGCACUAUACAAUCAAUAUGAUAUAUGUGUAAAAAACGCAAAUAUUAAAAUAAAAAUUUUUUCUGUGCGCU